AUGUUGCUUCUUCGGCACCCAGCUGUCUCGAAACGAGCAGCGCACAUGGCCAAAUCUUGGGCCUUGCUGAGAUUGGCCACGUCUCACUACACUUCCUCCACCACCAAACCAAUUAGCCACCUUAGACAUUUUAGUCAGGGCGUGCCUUCCUCGUCGACCCGGUCGACGGUGAUCCAGUUGUUGAACAAUAUCGGUUCGAAAAGAGAGGUGGAGCAGUAUUUGAAGUACUUUACGUCGGUUUCGUCGCAGCAGUUUGCUGUGAUCAAAGUGGGAGGUGCCAUCAUCACUCAGCAGCUUCCCGAGCUAGCACUGUGUUUGGCGUUCUUGUAUCAUGUUGGUUUAUAUCCGAUUGUUUUGCACGGGACAGGCCCUCAGAUCAACGAGCUCUUGGAGUUUGAGGGCGUGGAGCCAGAGUACAUUGAUGGAAUCCGGGUCACUAAUCCCAAGACCAUGGAGAUCGUGAGAAAGUGUUUCUUGGAGCAGAACUUGAGACUUGUCACUGCGUUGGAAGAGAUGGGAGUCCACGCUCGUCCCAUUACUGCUGGUGUCUUUGGCGCUGACUACUUGGAUAAGGAGAAGUACCAGUUGGUGGGUAAGAUUGAUUCUGUCAAUAAGGCCCCCAUUGAGGCGGCCAUUGACGGCGGUUACUUGCCCAUUUUAACUUCUUUGGCGGAAACUCCUUCGGGCCAAUUAUUGAACGUAAACGCCGACGUGGCUGCGUCGGAAUUGGCCAGACAGUUUGAGCCUUUGAAGAUCGUUUACUUGAACGAAAAAGGUGGACUUGUCAACGGCCAAACAGGCGAGAAAAUCAGUGCCAUCAACUUGGAUGAGGAAUAUGACGAUUUGAUGAAACAACCAUGGGUUAAGUAUGGUACCAAGUUGAAGCUCAAGGAGAUUCACGACUUGUUGGAACAUUUGCCUAGAUCAUCAUCGGUUGCCAUCAUUGACGUCCACGAUUUGCAAAAGGAGUUGUUUACCGACUCUGGUGCAGGUACCUUGAUCAGAAGAGGUUACAAGUUGAUCAACAGAAACUCGUUGAGCGAGUUCUCCAACCCUGAUUUAUUGCGUCAAGCCCUUUUGAGAGACCCUCUGGUUAAAUCCGGCAAGAUCUCUGUUGCCUCAUACUUGAAACACCUCGAGAACGUUCCUUUCAGAUCUUAUGGUGAUGGUCCUUUGGAAGUGUUGGCCAUCGUAACUGAACAGCCUUCUGAAAACGGCGCUGUUAUUCCCAAACUUGACAAGUUCUUGUCGUCUAGAACUGGAUGGCUUAACAACGUGACUGACAAUAUUUUCAACGCCAUGAGAAAAGAUUACAAGUCAUUGUACUGGGUGGUAAAUGAAAACGACCCCAACUUGGGCUGGUAUUUUUCGAAGUCGGAAGGUUCGUUUGCUAAGCAUGGCGAAGUUUUAUUCUGGUACGGUCUCGACACCAAUCAGGCAGCGGAGCUCAUCAGACAAUUUGAUGCCCACAGAACAGGUUCUGUCAUUGCUUCUGAAACGGACUCCGUUUUCUCUACGUCAGUCAAGACGCAGAAGAGGUCUUUCCACACGAGCACCAGAAGAAAAGCGCCAAACUCUACAACUAACCCAAACCCCCCAAGAACCCAGGGCACCACUGAAAAGAGAGAAAAAGUGGCCCUCAUUGGUGCUAGGGGUUACGUUGGCCAGAACUUGAUUUCCCUCAUCGAUAAGCAUCCGCACUUGGACUUGGCUCUAGUUUCUUCGCGUGAAUUGAACGGUCAGAAAUUAGCCGGCUACAACAAGGCCAACAUCGUGUACUCAAACUUGCAAACCGAGGACAUUUUGGAGUUGGAGAAGAAUAAGGAAAUUGAUGUUUGGGUCAUGGCACUUCCGAACGGCGUGUGUAAGCCUUUCGUUGAUGCCUUGGAGUCUGUUGAGGGGUCAACUUCCAAAAUCAUUGAUUUGUCUGCUGAUUAUCGUUUUGACACCACCGGUGAGUGGGUUUAUGGGUUGCCCGAAUUGAUUGACAGAUCUCUUAUCGCAAAUGCCAGAAAGAUCUCCAACCCAGGUUGUUAUGCAACAGCCGCUCAGGUUGCUAUUUCUCCAAUGGUCAAGUACGCCGCUGGCACUCCAACGGUGUUCGGUGUUUCCGGAUAUUCUGGUGCUGGUACCAAGCCUCUGAAAAAGAACGAUGUCGCUUACCUUACGGAUAAUUUGGUGCCAUAUUCUUUGACUGACCAUAUUCAUGAAAAAGAAGUCAGCAAACAGCUUGGCCUCGACAUUGCUUUUAUUCCUCAUGUGGCCCUGUGGUUCCAAGGUAUCUCUGCUACAGUGUCAAUUCCCAUCCAGCCCAAGUCCUUGACAUCCAGAGACAUCAGACAGAUCUACCAGGAGCGUUUCCAAGGAGAAAAGCUCAUCGAAGUGACCGGUGAGGCCCCUGUUGUGAAGGAUAUCAGCGGACGCCACGGUGUUGUUGUUGGUGGUUUUGCAGUCAACUCUGCUGAGAACAGAGUGGUGGUUGUUGCUACCAUCGACAACUUGCUCAAGGGAGCAGCUACGCAGUGUUUGCAAAACAUCAACUUGGCCAUGGGUUACGGUGAAUACGAUGGUAUUCCUACAGAAUAA